GUGCUGCCAGGGCUUCCCACAGGGCUUGGGGGCUCCGUGGGGAUUGCAGGCAGGACAUUUCCCUGGAUUUCUGCCUCCCCAGGAGUUGAGAUGGUGCGGUGGCUCUACCUGUCGGGGCUGGUGUUUGCUGUGCUCAUCCCGGCCGGAUGGCAGCUGUCUCCCGAGGACUUGGAGGACCUGUCCAGGUGGGAGUUGUUCGGACCCCAGAACUCCCAGAGCUUCCCAUCCCACAUCAAGCGACACUCAGAGGGGACCUUCACGAGUGACUUCACGCGGUACCUGGACAGGAUGAAGGCCAAGGACUUCGUGCAUUGGCUCAUCAACACAAAGAGGUGCCUGGAACAGGGAGGGAUUGUGCUGGGAAACAACCGCCCACCACCCCAGCCCUGA